AACAACAGUGCACAUUCAAUGGUUUCCUGCCAGGAGAGCGAUGCAGGGAGCAAUGGUCCCUCACAGGCUUGGCGGGCAUGUGAGGUGACCACAACAGGAUGCCUCUUAGCCAUUGCAUGUUAGUGCUGCGUGUCUGCGCCCUGCCAGGGUGGUGUGCUGCUGAACGAUUGUGCGGCCAAAUACCCUGCAGCGCUCAGCACUCACAGCGCAAUGCGUUAGUGCUUGUCCAAAAGGAAGAAAAGUGAUGAGUGCGGCCUCAUGUUCUUUCUCCUUCAUGGCAGCUCUCUUUGCAGACACCUCUGGUGACAUGAAUGAUGUCCUUGACCAUCCUAUUGCUGGGAGUUCUGGUGCAAAUGAAGGCUCCACACCCCUGCCCAUGAUGGAACUGACUUCACCAGAGCGGAGAAUGACUGCUGACAGGCGGCGUGUGCGACGUGUUGGAGUGCUCGCUGACUUUGCGAAGGCCAUGGUGGAGCAGGGAGAGGUCGAGGCAAUGGAGAGGAGGCGCUUCGAGGAUAGGCGGGAAAGGGAGGUGGCGUCAUUCAUGCAGAGCCGCGCAGAGCAAAACAGGGAGCUGUCAUCGCUGAGGCUGGCCAUCGACAGGGGGAAUGACAUAAUGCAGACCCUUGUGACGGCUUUGCUGCAGCGCAUGGGCUCCUCGGGUGGCAGGGGUGCUGGGGGUUCAUUGGGCGCCUCUGCUCCUGCGGUCGCAUCACAAACCUUGCCUGCCCCAGCGUUUCAGCAGUGCCUGCCCACUUGUGAAAUUGCUGGCCCGGCUGCAAAUCUCAUUGGAGAUGCGGCAGAGGUGACUUAUCCCACUCUGGCUGAGGACACCGACUUGGAGUCCUGUGUGGGCGCCACGGCGCCCCUUCCAUCACAGGUGGAGGACCUGAUGAUGGUUGGGGAGACCUCUGAGCUGUGCUGCACUCAGGUGGCUUGCCAAGAAUCACAGCCAAUGCACAAACGCUUGAGGAAGCCCAAAGCAAGAAUGGACCUGUGAGGACCUCCCCCCCCUGUUAUUUCUCUGUCUGCCACCACCACGGGCAAGCCCCCCCCCCUUCUAUUACAUAGGUUAGCUAGCGAUGUGCGUUUAGGCAUCAGAGUUAAAUUUGUUUAAUAUUUUAAAACAGGCUACACAUGGCUGCCCUCUCAGGUAGGUUGCCAGGAGAGGAUGGUCAUGGAAAGCAGACAAUCCUCUGCUUUGCAGAGAUGUAACCAGCCAGCGACCCACC